UGUCCCGCUCGCUGAUAUGUCCCGCUCGCUGAUAUGUCCCGCUCGCUGAUAUGUCCCGCUCGCUAUUAUUGAGUCUAGUUUUGUCAAUGUUCCUUACCUACUGCUCCAAUGCAGUUCUAUCCGUGUCCAAGCUGAUUUUUCAAGCUGAUGAUACCAGUAACCAACGUGAACUUAUACUCCGGCGUCCGGGCCGAGCUCUCUGGACUCUGCUUGCUUUGCAUCCGAGAUCGAGCUUCUUGGGGAGGGUCUGUAGAUACCGUGAAUAUGGUACAGUAAGGCACAUGAAGGCUGCAUGGUUACAUGGUAUCACCACUUGCAGUCUUUGAACUUGGA